AACGCGCGUGUAUUGUACAGUGAUUCGAAGGCACUAUGUUGUGUAAACAAAUUAUGAGUGAUAUAAUUUACGGAUGGUAGCAUUAAAAUCUGGCAUUCAGAGUUAUUCUUAUAUUUUGGAAUGUGAGGCUAGCUUUUACGUAGACAUGAUUUCAAUUGUUGCAAAAUUAUCUAGGUACUUACUAGGUUCCACAGAUUCGGAAUUAGAAACUUCAGAAAAAGAUUUUAGUGUUGUUGAUCUUCUGUCUUCAUUAGAGCAGAAUGCAGCCACUAAUGAAUCGUGUGCUCCUUCAGAAAUUGAGGGUAGUGUUGUACAAGACCUUUCCAAAGACAGUUGUUGCUGUUAUAGAGUGGGAGUAGUAACUCAUGUACAUUCGGAUUAUGCCCUGAUUGAUGAUGAGGUGUAUUGUGAUUUAAAAGAUCCUGCAUACCGCAAUAUAAAGGUCGGAAACAAAUUGGAAUAUCUUGCCUUCCGUUUAAGGCCGUCGGACGAAUGGAGAGUUAAGAAAAUUUACUCCAUACAAGAAGAAAACUGGGAAAAUUCUGAGCCAUUAAUUGAAAAGCGAGAGACCCUGUCGAGGAGUAUUGUUGGACAAGUAAUGAGCAGAGAUGGCAGAAAUGUCAUUAUAUCAGAUAAACUCAAAUUUAGCUUGGAUGACGUCUCUUGUGACUUCAUACCAGUUGAAGGAGACUGGAUACUAAUUGAUGCUCUUGUUGAAUUGGAUGGUAGUAUAGCAAAUUUGGAAGGAGAAAUUUUACAUUUAUUUUCCGUACGAGCGUUGCGAUCACGUAUUGUCACCGGACGCAUAACAAAUUACGAAAGUACAGGUGAUGGUCUCGUGGACAAGUCGAUAUAUUUCAGCAAGGAAGUCUGUGAACCAGGUUACGUUCCUGAGUUACGUGACGAAGUUAUAGUUGAGGCGAUUGAAAGUACAAAGCAGUCGGUAUUGUGGCGUGCUCUUAGCGUUGUCCCAUUGCAUACAAGCAACACAGGACAACACAACUACAACAAAACUAAAGCAGAACAGAAGAAACCUGUUUUGGAAUCAAUCUCUGUAAAUGGUGUCACUGUUACUCCUGCUGUUCUACAAUCUGGCGAACUGAAGAUAGGCGAAGAAAAAGAAAUCUCAGUUACUUUGCUGAACACUGGACAAACAAAACAGGUACUGAAAUUUUGUCAAUUUUUAAGUCAAAUGUCAUGGUCACAGCUUCGUUUGAAGUCUCCGAGUAUUGAUAAGCUUAUAGUGUUGCACCCUGGAAAAAGUUUUUCCUAUUAUUUUAUUUGCCAUGGAAGAUAUGCAGGUUGCCACACAGAGAAAUUCAGAUUUGUUUUUAAGGGCUUCAAAAUAGAGAUUGCAGUGGAAGUGAGGGUGAGAGAUGAUUCACAGAGUAAUAAUUUUAGAAAUUCACAGUCUGGUAAAAUGAAAUUUGAUACAUUAGAUGCAAUCAAACGAGAGAAUGAUGUAAGUGGCAGAUUGCUUAUUACAGGUGUGAAGCCUAAGAAGGCACCUCCUUUUGUGCCUGUUCGAAUAGGUCAAUAUGUAGUGCCAAAAUAUCUUUGGCAAUUUGUUUAUACAGUUGAAAGUCAAAGAAAAAGUGGCAUUGAACGAAGUGAAAGUUUAACAAGUGUUGUUCCAUAUUUAUCUGACAUUCUCAGUUUUAUAAAUUACAGUGAUUUUUUCCACACACUGUUGCACCUGGAAGAAAUUUCAGAAACAAUUAAGAUGAGGCAGUAUGACCUAAAAAAUGUGACCUUCAGGAUUACUGGCCCAGGUGCAGAAUUCCUAGCACUAGAAGUUCCUGGUUUAGCUGAGAAAAGACCAUCCCUUCUUGUUGGUGACAAAGCUAUUGCUGGGCUAAGUUCAAACAAAGGAAUGGAAUAUGAAGGAUUUGUUCAUGAAGUUUACCAGAGAGAAGUUUGGUUGAAGUUCAAUAAAAAUUUUCACCUCGCAUAUAAUGGAGAAGAAUAUGAUGUAACGUUUCGAAUAAGCCGUAGUGGAUACAUGAGAUGUCAUGCUGCAGUUGAUCUUGCAGUUAAAAACCUUGGUUCUGACAUGCUCUUCCCAACAACAGUUACUCUAAAAUCACCACAGCUUCAUAUUGAUGAUGAUGAUGAUGAUGAAGGGCAGCACCAGAAGAGAACUUCCAGCACUUCUAGUACAAAGGAUAAAAUUGAUUUUGCAAGGCGUAAAAUACAGUGGUUUAAUAGAAAUCUAAAUAUUUAUCAAAAGAAAGCAAUAAAAUGUAUUUUAAAAGGAGAAGCCCGUCCCCUUCCAUAUGUAAUAUUUGGUCCACCAGGAACAGGCAAAACAGUCACACUGGUAGAAGUUAUUCUUCAAAUAUUUCAUCUGAUACCUGAUAGCAGAUUGGUUGUUGCUACGCCAUCAAAUAGUUCUGCUAAUCUUGUGGCUCAGCGAUUACUGGAGUCAGGUUUGCUCCAGCCUGGCGAUAUGGUAAGACUUGUGGGUUAUCGGUACCUGGAGGAGGGUGGAAUGCCUGAGGAUCUCAUUCCUUACUGUCUCUGUGCUGAAGUAGAACAAUCACAUCUGAUGGGAAGACAUCGGAUUACUGUAGGUACUUGUGUUGCACUUGGCCAGUUGUUCGUUGCAGGAUUACCUCGUGGCCAUUUCACACAUGUACUGGUGGAUGAGGCUGGACAAGCACUUGAACCAGAACUGCUUAUUCCUGUUGCGGGAUGCCUUGAUAAGAAGUUGGGUCAGGUGGUUCUGGCAGGUGACCCGCAACAACUGGGCCCUAUAGUAUCAUCAGCUGCAGCCAAGGAAUAUGGGCUUGGCGAGUCAUAUUUGUCUCGUCUCCUACACUGCCCCCCCUAUUUGCGAGACACAGCUGGGUUUCCUGGCACAGGUUAUAACCCCCGACUUGUAACAAAGUUACUGUACAAUUAUCGUUCACUGCCUGAGAUUCUUGAAGUGCCUAACAAAAUGUUCUACAACAGUGAGUUAAUUGCUCAGAUAUCUGAAAAAGAAAGCAAUGAGGCAAAACUUCUGGCAUCAGUUGAGUCUAUACUGCCAUCACGUUCAUCACCACCUGCAGUUGUAUUUCAUGGUGUUAUUGGCACAAACUAUCAGGAUGCUGAAUGUCCAUCAUGGUAUAACCCAGAGGAAAUUGUCAUUGUAACUUCCUACAUCCAAAAACUUUACAAAUUGGGUCUGACCACUGAUCAAAUUGGAGUCAUCACACCAUAUCAAAGACAGGUUAAACGACUCAGGGAUGUUCUUAAACAGUUGGAAACAUCUAUUCCUAAAAUUGGCUCAGUAGAAGAGUUUCAAGGUCAAGAACGCAUGGUGACUAUUCUCUCAGCAGUUCGAAGUAAUGCAUAUCAUAUUGAAGAUGACAUUAGGCGUGCACUGGGGUUUGUUUCAUCACCACAGAGAUUAAAUGUGGCUAUUACAAGGGCACGAGCUUUGCUGGUAGUUGUAGGCAAUCCAGUUCUCUUAGCACGUGAUCCAUUCUGGCGAAUUCUGGUAUCAUUCUGUAUCAGCAGAAACUGUUAUAUUGGAUGUGAUUUGCCAGUGAGUAUUCAGAACAUGUGUGAUAAUCAGUUAGACAACACAUAGUUGUUAUUGAGUUCAAAAGCUUUGUUCUCCCAUAUGAAAUGUUUGGCCAGUACUGUACAACCAGUGUGCAGGAUUGUUCUUGAUUUCUAACAAAUAUGUAAAUACAGGAUAAGUAUAUGACUUGAAGUGGCACUGUGCUGCCAUAUGUGGAAAAUGCGUGUCAGACACAUGUACUGAGAAACAGUGAUGAACCAUUUUUUGUUAGCAUUAACAGAGAGAUAAUUUAAAGCUUUUUUUUGUAAUUUUUAUACUUUGAAGCCAGUUGCCAGACUGGAAAGAUUUAACUGUCAUUUUAAUAUAAUUACAGUGAUGACUUAUCAAUUA